CCGUGCCAAGGCGGCAGCCAAGGCGUCCAUCUCCGCGCCCCCGCGCCAGUCGCCGGCCGGCCCGGCGCCCGCAGGCGCGGCGGCCGGCCGGGUGCCCGCGGCCGCGGCGAAGAGGAGCGAUGCGAGGGCGGACGACGAUGAUGAUGAUGCCGAUUCUCCGGGCGGCAACAUCGUCAGUAACAAAGACCUCCUUCGCAAGAUGAUGGCAGGCAUCUCCGACGCGGAGUCGGCUUCUGGCGGCGAGGACCCGGAGGAUGGAGGCGACGAUGCGCGGGGCCAGUUCGCCAUGAGUUGGAGGCGUGGUGUCCCUGGUGCACAGCAGCCCGCUCAGCCCGUGCUCACCAUCUCGAGCCCGAGCGCGCAGCGGCCACGCCCUUCUGCGGUGGCCAAGGCAGCAGCCUCGAUCGGGCCCGCCAGCCCGUCUCCUGCGGUGACGAGGGCGUCGGCCCCGAAGGCGGUGCCGCCUCCCGCCGCCGCGCAGAGGGCCGCCGCGCCGAAGGUCGCCUCCAGCGCCACGGUCGGCCCGCCGAAGCCGGGCACCACUGUCGCAGUGCCGGCCAAGGCGAGCAGCAGCUCUGCGGUGCCCCCGCGGGCAGGCGGCGUCCUCACGGGACCGCCGAAGCCCGCGGGCGCCAGCGGGCCGCCGCGCCCUGGCAGCCGCGGCGGCAUGCCCGAGGUGCAGCAGGUGGCGACACCAUCAGGCAGGCGGAGCACACCCGGGCUCGCGGGCGCCAGUCCCACCGGCUCCGCGCGGAGGCCCUCUGGCAGUUACGGCGGCAUGCACGCGGCGCGGUCGAGGCCGUCGCAGCCGCCCAGCCCCGCCGCUGGCACCGGCGCGGGGCCAGCUCUGAAGCCGCGCUGCGGACCGCAAGCGUUUGCGGCGCUGGCUUCGCAGGCAGGGCCGGCGGCUGUCCACGCUGGCGCCGCCCCGGCAGACGGAGGCGGGUUCGUGAUGCCGCCGGAUUCGGACGACGAGGGCAGCGUGGGAGAGCGUGCCACCCUGGCUACUGGGGCCAGUGCGGCGCCCGCAAGGGCCGGGUACCCAGCAGGGGGCGCCGCGCCCCUUGCUCCCGCGGCCACACAGCUGCCAGCGGCGGGGGGGGCGCAGGCACAGGCGAGGCAGGCUGGCGCCGGCACUGCGGCGCUGCUGCCCGGCGAGACGCCGGCCGAGUACGUGGAGCGCAUGAAGAGAGAUCUUUCUGGCGCCACGACCGGCGCCUCUGGGCAGUCAGGCUCGCCAGAAGCGCCAGCGGCCGCGCGCGCGCCAGCGGCGCCCGUGCAGGCAGCGGCGACUCGCGGCGCGAAUGGCCAGAGGGCCACCGCUGCGCCCGCCUCAGAGGGGGACGGCUCCGAGGAGGAGUCGGAGGACGACGGCGCCGCCUGCGCCGGGAGGGGCGGAGUUCCCUGGAAGGCCAACGCCGCUGCCGCAGGCGGCGGCGUGCGGCAGAUGGUCCAAGAGUUCGCGCGGGAGGAGCGCGCCCGCGAGAGCCGAGGGCCGCCUCGCCAGCAGCAGGGGGGCGUGGCUUCCCGCACCCGGCCGCCGAAGGCGCCGCCGGCCGCCGCCGCAACGCCGCCAGCCGAGGCGAAGGCGCAGGCCAGCCCGACCAGCGCCGUCCGCCCGGGAGAGGAACUGCAGUUCAGCAGGAAGCCGAGGCCCGUGGACUUCGCGCCCGCAACGCUGGACGAGUACAAGAACAAGUACGGCGAGAAGGGGGCGAAGCAGGAGCUCGGGAAGCUGGGGGCGGACCUAGACGAUGAGGAGUUGCAGCUGAAGAAGGCCGUCCAGAUGCGGACCAAGCAGUACUGCGCAGCCGUGCACGCGGUCAACCGCGAGAGAAGCCUCUCCUCUGGCCCCCCCCGCAAGGCGGAGCCCAAGCCGGAGCCGAAGUCCAACGCCCGCGCGAAGGCGGCAGAGUUCGCCAAGAACAUCCCCAAGCCAGCGCCGAAGCCAAAGGCAGAGCCCAGCCCUUCCGAGACGAGGAAGCCCGAGGUGCGCGGCCCGUCCCCCGAGGACCUGGCGCGGGCGGACCUGGAGGAGAUCGCGCAGCGGGAGCAGCAGCACUUUGCGGACCUGGCCAGGGUGCGGCAGAUCAAGGAGUUCCUCCACGCAGUCGAGGUGGGGUGAGCCGCCGGCGCUGCCAGGCAGCGGCGCCUCCCAGCACAGGGCCCGGCCGCCGCGCUCCCCCUCUCGCCCCUGAUUCGGGGGGUCCGAAGGGGAACGAGCAAGUCUGUGCAGUCUGUGAAGGGUCGGGCUGGCUGCGGCCCCGCUCUGCCCAGGCACUGCCCGAGGCGCCUGGAGAGGCAGGCGCGCGCGGUCGAGCGGCCCAGGCCGCCAUGGCGGGGGCGACGGGAGGAGAGCGCGCCCCGCGGCCGCAGGCCGCAGGGGCUCCCUUCACUCGGGGGGCGCCGGCGCGGGGUCGCGAGGGCAGCCGCGCGUCGCGCAUCGCAGGGCGCCAGGGCGCGACGUCGCACGCCCUCGGCCACGCAGGAAUUCCUCUGCACGGAUGUGUCCCUGGAGGGUUUCUCCGAAGGCAGCCCGACUGUACGCUCCGCCCCCCUCAGCUCAUUCCCUCCGC